AUGUCGAGCUUUGGGCUGGUCUCGGCCCAGACCCAACACAUGAUCGGGUCCAUGCUGUCGAACGAGGAGUAUGUGGAGGAGUUUCUCGGGGCGAACCGGGCCAGGCUAGCGGAGUGGCACGGGGCGUUCACGGGCGGGUUGGGUCGGGUCGGGAUCCGGUGCCUGAGAUCCAGCAACGCGGGGUUGUUCGUGUUGAUGGAUCUCCGGCGAUUGUUGAAGGAGAAGAUCGUGGAGGCGGAGACGGCGCUUUGGCAGGUUAUAAUCAACGAGGUGAAGCUCAACUUCUCAUCGGGGAGUUCGUUCCACUACUCAGAGUCGGGUUGGUUCCGGGUUUGCUUCGCGAAUAUGGACGACGAGACGAUGGAGGUGGCGCUGGGGAGGAUCAGGGCUUUCGUGGCGAAGAACAAGGAGGCGAUGAAGCCGGCGAGGAAGCUCUGCGUGCAGAGCAUAUUGAAGUUGAGCUUCUCCGGAAGGAUUUGCGACGAGUUUAUUAUGUCCCCGAGGUCGCCGAUCCCGCAGUCGCCGUUGGUUCGAGCCAGGACUUGA